AACUUCCAAUCUCUCUCACUGUCCUGAUGUUUUAAUGUUACGCAAAAGAACAAAAAAAUCGCAAGAAAUAAAUAUACCAAAUUUUGCGGACAUGAAAUUUUUUGAAGAAACUGUCGAAAUUGAAAUUGAUGAUAAAGCUGAUGAGGAAAUAGACCAAAUUGAAGAAAUUGGCAAUAAGGUUGAUAUUGAAGAAAUUGAUGAUAAUGCUGAAGGCAAAAUUCAAAAAACUAGGGUAGAUGAGGAAUUGGAAUAUGUUGAUUUAAACAUGCACUUUAUAGAUGCUAUACAUGAUGUACUAUUAAUUGAUGACAUUGAAGAAGACCCAAUAAAUGAUGAAAUUCUAGAAGAAACAUCCUCAGAAUUUGAAGGUUUUGAUGGAGAGUAUGGAACAUACUUUUCAAAUUUUAUGUCUGCAGCCUUGUAUAUUUGA